UGGGCAUAUGCUGAAAAUAAGUAAAAAGAUAAAAGGGUAAAAAUGGAGAGAAAGGCCAGCUGCAAUAUUAUAAGGACUUGAAGAGCGCGCGGGAUGCGGAGACCACAUUCAAACUCUGUUUUUGUUUUCCAUUCGUUUCUGAGACGCUAAUAUUGUAACAAACUUACCGUCUUCUGUCUGUCCCUCUCUUUGAACAAAAACCUAAAGCCCAUCAAUAUCAAACAUCCUCGUCGGCAGCACCAUUAUACCAGAAUUCAACCUCUAACCAACAAAAGGCGGUCGUUUGGUUCGUUUUUGUUGCACCAAUUUAUAGUCAUUUCUUGAAAUGAAGAACGUGAGAUUUUAACCCCAUUCCCAUUAAUCAUUGGGCCAAGAAGGAAUUUGGACUGGAUUUCUUUGCCCUUCAUGAUUGGGAAAAGUAUAUUCUUUUCCACUAUAAUUUUUACUGAUCAAUGGGGAUAUCAUCUGACAAUCUUCAUGGACUUGUUCUGGCCGUCUCAUCAAGCGUUUUUAUUGGGUGUAGCUUUAUUAUCAAGAAGAAAGGUCUUAAAAAAGCUGGGGAUACAGGAACCCGGGCAGGGUCGGGAGGGUAUGCCUACUUGUAUCAACCUUUGUGGUGGACUGGAAUGAUAGCUAUGAUUGUUGGGGAGAUGGCAAAUUUUGCUGCUUAUGCAUAUGCUCCUGCAAUUCUUGUAACUCCCUUGGGAGCUUUAAGUAUUAUUUUCAGUGCAGUGCUAGCUCAUUUUAUUUUGGAAGAGAAAUUGCAUAUCUUUGGCGUUCUUGGGUGUGUUCUCUGUAUGGUUGGCUCUGUAAGUAUUGUUUUGCAUGCUCCUCAGGAGAAAAGUAUUCAUUCGGUUAAGGAAGUGUGGCAUCUUGCUACAGAGCCAGGAUUUCUUGUCUACUCUUGCAUAGUUUUGGUUCUGGUUGCUGUCCUCAUUGUCCGGUUCGUACCACUCUAUGGGCAAACCCAUUUGGUGGUUUACAUUGGAAUUUGUUCUCUCAUGGGCUCUCUUACGGUUAUGAGUGUGAAAGCAGUGGGUAUUGCUCUGAAACUUACAUUUUCUGGAAUGAAUCAAUUUAUAUACUUCCAGACAUGGUUUUUCACGGUGGUUGUGAUAGCUUGUUGUCUUCUGCAGAUCAACUACUUAAACAUGGCCCUGGAUACUUUCAACACAGCUGUCGUAUCUCCAGUUUACUAUGUCAUGUUUACAUCACUCACCAUUUUUGCCAGCAUGAUCAUGUUUAAGGAUUGGGACUCACAAGAUGCAUCACAGAUUGCAACUGAGUUGUGUGGCUUUGUCACAAUAUUAUCAGGGACAUUUCUCCUUCACAAAACUAAGGAUAUGGGAAAUAGUACACCAAUGCAGCCCCCUGUUCAUGGAAGCCCAAGCCACAACAAUUCAAACUCCAAUUCUUGACAGAAACAUAUAUUGAAGCUUAAAAAGCACGCUGGUGAUAUUUUAGCCAUAUGCCCCAGGAGAACAAAAUACUUUUGAAAUUGAAAGAAGCUUGAUGCCAUGGCACAGAGAUUGAGGAAUAUUGUUUUUAGCAUAUCAUACUUUGUAAAGCUUGUGACAGGUGGUG